UAGCAGUUAGUAUAGCAACUGUACUACACUAUCUCCUUAUCAGAAUGUUUAUCCUUUCAUGAGAAUAACACCAGCAUGGAAUCUUUUCUUGAUACAGAGACCUGUCUUCUCGUCCCUUUCCGCGAGUGGAACAAAGUUGUCCACAUUGUCCCGUGCUGAUGCACAAAGUUGUGUCGCUUGGUCAGAUAAAUGGCCGCCACCAAAUUUCAGUCUCCCUGGAUUUCCGGGAACUCGUUGCGGAGCAGACGUCUGCCGAGUUCCGUGCCAAAAGACCUCUUUAGGGCAAACUAAAUUGUGCUGAAAUGAUCCAUGAUAAACCACUACCCUUUACAGCACAUUUUCAAACUGCAAAGGCUAAAGCUGUAUUGGCCUUUCUUUCUUUUUUGAUAAAAGGAUCAGGCCAUAGCAAAGUGGAGCCUGAAAGGCUUGCGCUUGAUUUGCCUAGAAAUGGGAGCAAAUAAACACGUGCUUUGAUCAAAGGUGCCCUGAUCAUCAGGUCAUGUGUAAGCUGCACCAUCAGCAUCAGGAGUGCCCUUGCUCAACAAUUCAGUCCAUUCAGCUUUGAUCUUCUUCUCUUCGGCCAGAACAAUGGCCACUGCUCCAUGCUUAUCCGUUGACGUGGUUCCUGCUCUGAUCCUGUGUACCUCGUCACUGUCAGCACUCCAUUUCCUUCACUUGCUCUGCUUCAAUUCCUUCCGAUCCGGAUCUCUGCAGCAAUGUUUCUCCCGUCUUCUUGCUCGCUCCUCUCUCGCCAGGGAAUGUCAGUGAAGUGCAGACUGCAGAGGAGAGCAGAGGGCGCGGAGUUCAGACGCGUCGCGUGCGGAUAGGCAAGGCAAGGCAACGCAAGAGACCGGAUACCAUUCCCCCCCGGCCACCGCCAUUCCAUUCUUGGCAAUCACUCCCUACCUCGACUCCCGCCGAGAGAGCCCGGCCGGGCAAGCAAACGGCCACCCACCCCUCGCCGCCGGCGUGCGCGCGGGGGAGAAGUACUAAACUAACCGCUCGUGGGGGCGCGCCCCAUGGCCGCGCCGCCGUGCCCCGCGCCCCACGCAACGUGCCCCGCACGCCGCCAGCCGCCUGCUCCUCUAAUGCCCGCCCCCCGCGCUGCCACCACGCCUUCCUCCUCCUCCUCCAACUCCUCCCCCUCCCCCGCUGCUCGCCAAGCUCCUCGCCGUGCCGCUGGGAGACGGCGGCGGUGAUGGCGCCGCGGUGGAAGUCCGGCGACGGGCGCCGGCGGCUGCUCCUGCUCCUCUGCUGCAGCCUUCUCGCCUUCCCCUGCCACUGCCAAGUCACCAACGUCUCCCACCGCUCAGACCAAGGCAUCCACUCGUUCGUGGGCACGUACGGCAUCAACUACGGGCGCAUCGCCGACAACCUGCCGGCGCCGGAGGACGUGGUGCGGCUGCUGAAGCUGGCCCGGAUCCGGAACGUGAAGAUCUACGACGCGGAACACAAGGUGCUGGACGCGUUCCGGGGCAGCGGGCUCAACCUGGUGGUGGCCAUCCCCAACGAGUUCCUCAAGGACAUGGCCGCCAACCCGAGCAAGGCCAUGGACUGGCUGAACGAGAACGUGCAGCCCUACUACCCGGCCACGCGCAUCGUCGGCAUCACCGUCGGGAACGAGGUGCUGGGCGGCGGCGACGCGGGGCUCGCCGAGGCGCUCGUCGGCGCCGUCGCCAACGUGCACGACGCGCUCCGGAUGCUCCGCCUCGACCGCCGGAUCGAGCUCUCCACGCCGCACUCGGAGGGCGUCUUUGCCAACUCGUACCCGCCCUCCGCCUGCGUCUUCCGCGACGACCUCAUGGUGUACCUCCGCCCGCUGCUCGACUUCUUCUCCAAGACCGGCGCGCCCUUCUACGUCAACGCCUACCCGUUCCUCGCCUACAUGAGCGACCCGUCGCACAUCGACAUCAACUACGCGCUCUUCAAGCCCAACGCCGGCAUCGUCGACCCCAAGACCGGCCUGCACUACGACAACAUGUUCGAGGCGCAGCUCGACGCCGCCUACUUCGCGCUCGAGGCCGCCGGGUACCCGGGCAUGGAGGUGCGCGUGGCGGAGACCGGCUGGGCGUCCGCCGGCGACGCCACCGAGGCCGGCGCCGGCCUGGCGAACGCCAUCACCUACAACCGCAACCUCCGGAAGCGCCUCUUCCUGCGCAAGGGGACGCCCUACAGGCCCGGCCGGGUGGCCAAGGCCUACAUCUUCGCGCUCUUCAACGAGAACCUCAAGCCCGGGCCCACCACCGAGCGCCACUACGGCCUCUUCAAGCCCGACGGCAGCGUCUCCAUCAACAUCGGCCUCAAGGGGCUCGUGCCAUCCUCCGCGCCGCCGCCGCCAUCGUCUCCCAUGGCCUUGUUCAAGGCACGGGGGUGGAUUGUACGGUACUCGGCUGCGCUUCUUCCAUGUACAUUGAUUUUUCUAGCAUUAGCAACAUGACCACAGAUUAGCACGCAUGGCUGCAAACUGUAUAGUGUGUUAGGACCAUGCUUCUUGAACUGGAUGCUCAUGGCGCUCAUCAAGAGCUAGCUGCUGCUCCAGGCUUGAGGCUGGGGACAAGUGCAUGCGGUUUAUUAACACCGAUUCUUUCGAUGGAACUUCAUAGAAAAAUUGAGGUGUCGAAUUUCAACAGUUGAUUCGGAUCACAGUUACGUUCAGAAUUUUAGUUUUACUUGCAUGACCACCAGAUGCAGUUCUCAUUUCUGUACAAAGUAAUCAAGCCUCAUGGUUCAUAGUUCAGCCUGAUCUCCUUAAAUCUGAAACUUCAACUUUACCUCUUCUA